AUGGAUUAUUAGAAGCAUCUAAAGAUACUGAAAGAGACUUUGGAAUAACAUAAGAUUACUCCAGAAAAUUUGAGAGAAAAAAGAUUGUCCUUCAAAGAGUUCCCAAAACAAAUAAAUAAUAGAGUAGUUGAUGCCUUUUAAUCAUUUGCUCCUUUCGAUAGAGCACCAGUUUGGAUGAUGAGACAAGCAGGAAGAUAUCUCCCAGAAUACAGAGAAAUUAAGGCAGAAAUGGAUUUUUUUGCUACUUGCCAAAAUCCAUUCAUUGCUGCUGAAAUCACAUUAUAACCAACGAAACAAUUUGAUAUUGAUGCAGCAAUCAUCUUUUCUGAUAUUUUAGUUUUACCUAAAAUGAUGGGAAUGGAAAUCACAAUUGAAGAAAAGAAGGGACCAGUAAUUGCAAAUCCAUUGGUUACUCCAGAUGAUAUUUAAAGACUUCAUCCUCCUAAUCCAGAACAUUUGGAACAUGUUUAUGAUGCUCUAUUUUUGACCAGAUUGGCAUUACAAGGAAAGUGUAAUCUCAUAGGAUUUUGUGGUGCUCCUUGGACUGUCUUUGCAUAUAUGAUAGAAGGGGGGUCGAGCAAACUAUUUUCCAAAGUUAAGAAAUGGCUGUAUUUAUACACGGAGGGGUCCUUGUAGGUUUUAGAAUUGCUAGCAAAGGAGAGUGCCAAGUAUUUAAUCAAUCAAGUCAAGUAAGGUGGGGCUUAAGUUGUUUAGAUAUUCGACUCUUGGGCAGGUUAAAUUCCAGCAUAGGAUUACAUAGAAUUUAUCAUUCCUUCUUUAAGAAUAUUGUUUGAAGAUUUCAAGAAGGAGUGUCCAGAUACUCCUUUAAUUAUGUUUCCUAAGGAUCAGAAUGAUAAGAAAGUUAUCGUUGAAUUUUUAAAAUUGAUAUAUAAUGAUAAACCCUUAGUUGAUGGAUUCCAACUAGAUUCAAAUGUGAGUGAUGAAACUCUGGUUAAGAUUAUUGAAGCCAAUAGAACCAUAUAAGGAAAUCUAGAACCAGGAGUCUUAUACGGGACUCCUGCAAUAAUUAAAAAGAGGAUUUCGCAAAUGAUUGAGAAGCUCCAGACCACUAGGAGAUACAUAGUUAAUUUGGCACAUGGACUUACUCCAGAUCAUGAGGUGGAGAAAGUCCGAUUGUUUGUUUAAGAGUCUUAACGUCAAUCAAAAUUAUACAAAGCCAAGGAAAUUUUGGAAUGA